AUGUCGGACCCGAUGGACUUUGAAUGGACUAUACCACAAUCGCCUCCUUUUGAUAUAUCGACUUUCGAUCCGAAGACCUUGAGCGAGACAUUCAUCGAGACCGCCAGCCUAGACCCAGAUCUAUGUCUGGUCGACGCAAGGCCUGCACUCGAACAUGCAACAUCCAGGCGUGAUUGGGUCAGAAGGGACACGGCGGUGGAGGUAUCUCCUUCCGUACUCGCCCUCGGUAAGGAACCAUAUCCAGGGCUAAAGGUAUCACACAAGGUGCCACCGGGGUACAUGACCACCGUUCUCGAUUACAAUUACUCGCAACCUUGGUUUGGGGACCAUAUCGUUCUGCAUUAUCUCACGCCUGCAAGAUUGUUGGAACUGGGUUGUAUCAAUACGGACACUACGCCUGUAUCGAACCGAUUCCGUAUCGACCCCGAUGUUUUGGCAAAGGCCAACAAAUCUAGACUUGCUCCAAGUUACAUUGGCAAUCACGAUGGUAUUCAUCCUAUAUUGCGACGCAGAAACUUCAAUCCGACAUCCGACUACGAAUACGAAUGUCUUAAACCCACUUUCAGAGUCGUCACCAAGCUUCUCGAGAUGGAGAAUGCUCUUGACCUGCUCUGGGCACUGGGUCAGCGAUGUACUCAAGUACAAGGCACGAAGCUAAAGAAGGACGUCUACGUCUACUACACCGGUCAAUCUACCACUCAGCAGAGGCAAGAGACAGCUCUUGAACUAGUACAGCUGGCCGAAUACGUACAGUUUAGCUGGGGAGAUACAGUAUCUGACGGUGCUCUUGCAAUAACAGAAAAUAUAGUUGGCAAGCCAGGUUUGAGAGGUGGCAUUACGUCCGCAGGCGAAGUUACGAUCGAUGACAGCUUCCGAUAUGCCAUCGUAGACGGCAGUGCUGUGCGUGCGAAUCUUUACAAUCCUGCAGCAACAAUUGAAUCUUCCUUUUUACGUACCCAAUGGUGGCUCGCAACGGCCAUCUUCCACGAACUAGGCCAUGUCUUCCGGUUCAAUACGAGCAGGUUGCAUAUAGAUGUCGAUCCGUUUUGCAAUGAUUGUCGCCUCGCAGAAGAAGGGUUUGCUUUGACAGCGGCGGUGCUUAAAGGUGUGAUCCCGACGUCCAUUGACGCAAAUCUGAAGCUUGUCACGUCACCUUUCGGUAUGGCGACAUGGGAAUGGCCAGGAUUCUUUGAGACGAUCGGCCUCGUUCAUAGACGAACUGCACACGAAGAUGGCUUCAAUUACGCUAAUUUCGAUGUGAUUAAGAUGGAGUACAUACGAGAUUUUUUCAGCGAUGAGUUCUGGGACCAAUGCUAUCUGAGAUACGGCAUGUCGAGUUUCAGAGCAGUAGGCGUACGCGAUCGUGUGUUUGACGAGAACAUGGCCCCGAAUGGAAAGCGUGUUGCGACAAUCGGGCUGGAACUAGAGGCUGAGCCAUGGAUGCCAGAAGUGGAGGAGGAAGGUAUCGUUUACGAAGAUAGAGUCCUGAAUUUUGCUGGAGACAAAGUGAUAGCGACCAAGCCGAAGACGGCGGAACAGCAAAUGCUAGCGGAUAUAGCAAUGAGCUGGAUCCCGGAAAAUCUCAAGAAGUUGAGCGCUGGCAUGAAAGCCUGGAUAGGGAGGAGUCCGGUCAAGAAGAAAAGCCCGAUGAAGAAAAAGAAGUGA